CACGUGCGACGCCACACGCGUAGAAAACAUCACAAAACAACACAACACAGCAAGCAAGCAGCUUACCGACUCCCAGUCCUUCCCACUCAGUCAAAUCGAGGCUUCCGGGUACCAUAAAAUCUCCUCAUUUCAGCCAUAGUUUGAUUGUGGAAGACACAUUUUUGCGCUGUUUUUCCCUCCUCCUGUCUGAGAUUUGGACGAAAAUUGGAUUGUGGAAGACAAAUUUUUGCGCUGUUUUUCUCUUCUCGAGUCUGAGAUUUGGAGAAAACUUAGCAAUGACGUCGGGAAACAGGCUGCCAACGAGCAAUGAGCGAGAGAACAAUAAGAAACGGGAGAGGAAGAGAAGAGCAAUUGCUGCAAAGAUAUUUGCAGGGCUUAGGCUCUACGGGAACUACAAGCUUCCCAAGCACUGUGAUAACAAUGAAGUUCUCAAAGCCCUCUGCAACGAGGCCGGUUGGACGGUUGAACCGGAUGGAACAACCUACCGGCACACACCGGGUAUGAAGAUUUCCGAGCCAAAUGGGUCUCUGAUUCCAUGGCUAAAAGGUUUGGGGGAAAAUGGUGGGAACAGGCUGGUGAGUCCUAGAGUUUUGCCCCCUGUGCAGAUUAUGAAUGGUGGGCAUUGCAGUGAUCCGGUCACUCCACCUCUGUGCUCUCCGAAUGGGUUGGAAUACAUUUGCAGGUCUAAUCUUAACUCGCCCUCUGGUUCUUCUUGGCCUUCACCGGGGGUUUCAGGUCAGACUGUGGGUGUUAAUGGCUGCCAUUGUGGAGUUGGACUGAUUUGUAUUGAAGAAUCUUCUUUUUCUUUUGCUUCCUUGAAUUCUGCAAAUAAAGGGUUUGCCCUGCCUGCUUCUAAAGCUUCCAGUAAACAUUGCUCUGAUCUGGGUAUUGAUUAUGCUUGUGGUAUGAGUGGUGAGGUUAUGGAGGGAAAGAUAAAUGACAGAGAUGAGGGGUGUUUAAGGGCUUGGGAGGAUGAGAAGAUAUGUCAUCUGGUUUCUCAGGAACCUGAACUGGACUUAACGCUUGGGCUUUCUAAGAUUGGGGCAACGUAAUGUAAGGGAUGGUAGUGAUUUCUGAGUACAUUGGCAAACGAUCUCUGUGCUUGGUAAAGGGGUUUUGUUAUAGAGGAACUAAUUUCUAUCAAAUUUUGUUGACAUAUUUUGUAGCAUACAAAAUAGCCGAGCUUUUUCCUGCUCCCUGAGAAUAUGAUAUCUGACUGCUCUUUGCAGAGAUCUCUUUUAGAUCAAUAAGUAAAAAAAAUUAUUGAGAAGUUCCUAUGAACAUUCUCCUUAAAGAUCAUUUGGUUUAAUGGUUAACCGUCAAUAAGCAUUCAAUAUUUUAUUUG